AGCGCGAUCCCAUUUGUGGCACUGGCCACUCACUGGCCAUUGCUUCCCAGUGCCACAAGGAGGAUCUCGGCCCUGCUGCAUUUUAUUUUAAACUGCCACGAGAAAACAAAGUGUCGUCAGUUUUAAGUCUUAAUUAAUUAAAACCCUGAUCAAUUAUAAUUUGUCUGUUUAUAUGUUUAACAUUACAUGUUAAAUGAAUAUGUUAGGUUUGAAGCAGAUUAAUGGUAGAGGUAGUGUUAAUGCUACUCGCAGCUGGUGGUUAACCGGAAAUUGUUUGGAGCUAAAGGUAAACGCUGCCGGGAGAUGCUGCCGUCAUAAACAGGCAGAUGAAAAUACAGAAUAACCUAACCGAAACGGCCCUGACAGGCACAGUAUUCAGCUUGAACUAGUAUGGAUGUUGAUGACUGCAAUGGCCGGUCUUGCAUAUCAGCUAGUGGGGACUCUUCAAUGGAAAGAGAGUUUUCUGGGGCUCUUGGCGGUCCAACAGUGAGCACACCAAACAGCAAGGACACUUCCCCCAGUCGCUCCCUCAGCGCCAACUCCAUUAAAGUGGAGCUGUACAGUGAUGAAGACCCAGGUCGCAGUACUGAAGAUGAAAGAGGGGAGCGGGUAGAGGAUGGAGGGCCAGAGAAAGGAUCUGAGCAAGUCGGAGGCUACAGGGAGUUCACCAAUUCUGAAACCAUGCCAGCUGGAGCGACCAGACUGCCAAAUGGAAAGCUGAAGUGUGACAUCUGUGGAAUGAUCUGCAUUGGGCCUAAUGUUCUUAUGGUGCACAAACGCAGCCAUACAGGUGAGCGACCAUUCCAGUGCAAUCAGUGUGGCGCCUCCUUCACUCAAAAGGGUAACCUGCUCCGCCACAUCAAGCUGCACUCAGGGGAGAAGCCUUUUAAAUGUCCCUUUUGCAGCUAUGCCUGUCGAAGACGGGACGCGCUCACUGGCCACCUUCGCACUCAUGCAGUGUCCUCUCCAACUGUAGGGAAGCCCUAUAAGUGCAGUUAUUGUGGCCGUAGUUACAAGCAGCAGAGCACCCUGGAAGAGCACCGUGAACGCUGCCACAGCUAUUUACAGAGUCUGGAGUCACAUCAGCCCUCCUGUGUGCAAAAUCCAGGAGAGGAGAUGAGAGAGCUAGAGUUUAUACCAGACUCUCUACUGCAACCCUCCUCAGACAAGAUGGCAUUUAUUGAUCGGCUCGCCAACAGCAUCACCAAACGCAAGAGAUCCACACCACAAAAAUUUGUAGGACAGAAGCACAUACAUCUCAACCUUCCAGAUGCACCUUAUGAGCUCAGUGCUGGUUCGGAUAAAGACGUGGAAAUGCCUGCAGGUGACCUUGAAGCCCCACACUUUCCUGGUCUGGGAGGAGAAUACGCAGGUGUGGCCGGAAAUGGAGGUUUAUCAGACACACGGAGGCCUCUACACCAUCCCACCAGUCACCCUUCAUCUUUAUCAGAACUCAGGCCAAUCCACAGCUCCAUUCACAUCUCUGCCGCUCUUGGCCCACGGAUGGAUUGCUCAGGGACUGGGGCUGAGUUGGGAGCUGUAGCUGUAGGUGGAAGGGAGGCCGCGGAGGGUCAUGAAGAUCAGCCAGCGAGCCGAAGUCGCGCACCUUCGCCUAGCAACAGUUGCCAGGACUCUACGGAUACAGAGAGCAUGCCGGAUGAGCCUUGCAACAGCACGGCGAUGACUCCGACCCUGCUCAGUAACAACGGCCACUAUCUUCACUCCAACAACCAUCACCCUGCACCUGCUCCUGUUGCACAGCACAGGAGCAGGUGCGGACACAAUCCCAGCCACGCCAAAGACAUGGAGCUGAAACGAGAAGAUUUAGGCCACGCGGCCCUGCGGCCCUGCAGUGACGCGCUCACUCAAAUCUCGCCUGCGGCGGCCUCCGCUUCGAGGGAGUCGUUUCGGGUUGUAGACGGGGAGGGGCGAGCCGUGCGCUCUUUCCGUUGCGACCACUGUCGUGUGCUUUUCCUGGACCAUGUCAUGUACACCAUCCACAUGGGCUGCCACGGUUUUCGCCAGCCCUUGGAGUGUAACAUCUGUGGCCACCGCAGCCAGGACCGCUAUGAGUUCUCUUCCCACAUUGUUCGUGGUGAGCACGUCCUCGACUGAGGAUGAAACCUGCUUCACAGAGCUAUAUUUAUACACUGAGACAGCGGCCCUGCUGGGUUUGGUCUGCACAGAAGCUAAAGAAGACUGACAUGAAAGCAAUAUGAACAUUUUUAACAGGCACUAGUAUAGUGAGAACGUAUCGCCAUUACAGGCAGGCUCUUAUGGGUUUGUUUUCUAAAAUUUUCAAUAAGGGUCCUUGUUGUCUUUAAUGCACUUUGAAAGAUUAAUCAAUUUUAAGAUGCACUUUUAAAUAAUGUAUUAUAAAGUAGAGCUAGUGCAACUUUUCAAUCAGCAGAUGUGCCUUGAUCCAAAAUCCAGGAUUCAAACCUGAUGCACAAUUUACAGUAGACAAAUGUGACUUUUGUCCGUAACAAGACACUGUCCCUACUUGUGCACUUUAACAGAGAUAACACAUAAAAUAAACAAUAAUCUGAAGUUUAUAACAUUUUCAUGGCUUCUUAAAGCACUUCAACAAAAUGAUUGACCAACAAAUGUUAUGUUCUGCAAAUGUGGGUUGUAUUCUGAAAUAGUUUGCUUUUUUAAAAUGAGAAGCGAUGUGCAGACCAAACUCAUGACCUAGGGCCAAGUCAUCCGAGGUUCGUUUGAGGGGUUGUCCGUGAAUUAGAAAUGCACUUUUGUUUUUAAAAGGGUGGGGUGGAUAGAUCUGAGUGUGUGAGAAAAAGGGAGCACGUGACAGACCUUUCGUUUUAUGGAAGUUAAUAGAAUAAUUGUAAAAUGGAAGCCUAUGUGUGAAUGCCGUGUGGCGCUGUGUAUGAAAUGAAUGUUUUUCUUUUCCAUUACUGCUUUUGUUGCACUGAUCUUUGCCAGAAUACUAUUAUAUUAAACUAUUUUAUGAAAUACA